UCUGCUAACCCGCUCCUGUUGCUCCGGACUGGGGCCCUUGACAUCAACGUACCGGCCGAGCCUCCAGCCGCCCCUUCCCUCCAAGACAAAUUCCUGUGCGAGCGUCUAUCAAUGGAAUACGACCGCAGCGAGAUCAUCGUCGGUCAGCCAUCUGAGCCCAACUGUCCGGCGCAGCCACAAAACUUACCUUGCCGACCUUCGGGUGACUGCGUCCUGAUUCAUUUUGUCAUUUGCGUCUCCUGCUGAUUGCUCCUUCUCCAUAUCUGACCUCUGACCUCUUGGAGGCGUUUUGUCUGUUUGGGUCCUGGGUCCAUCCUUACUUGCCUGACUUACCGGAAGCACGACAUUUGUGUUGAAGCUUCUCCCUCCACUUGACCUUGACUUGCCUCGCGGAUCCACCACCACCAUAUGUCCAUUCCUUCAUUCCAGUCCCCAAUCCAGUCAAACCACCAAACAUCGUUUUGUUCCUCACUUGACUCCCACUGAAACAUUCAUCAAUCUGUUGAACAUGCUUUUCAAUUCUACUUCACCCACAAGUCAACCUUGAUCCCCUUCCUCUUGGUGGGAGUCAUCCUUUUUAUCCACCUGCCUGUUUAUAUCACGUCACUAUAUACACCUAUAUUCACUGUCUUCGCCUUGUCAUAUCUUCCACCACCCGUUCUUGAGCCACAGUCACAGUCACAGUCACUCACCCAUGCUCACCACGCAACCCAAACCACCACCGUCCAUCUUCCUCGCCAUCUCCUCUCCCCAUCAUCCUCAUGUCGCCCAUGUCGAUUCCCAAUCGCUCAGAUUGUGACCUCGAUUCGAGGAUAUACCCAACGGCCUCAGUUUUCAAGACCACUCCACCGGCACAGGGCACGGACAAGAACUGGCAUCAGGGACGAAACAUCUUCCUGAACGGUUUGCCCACUCCACCCUCAGCGUCUAAAGCCAUGCCUGGUGUCCUUUUGGGCAACAACUACACCACGUUUGCAGACCAGGGAUAUACGGAGCAGAGGGCAUGUGUCCCUCGUGCCUACGACAACAUUGCUCACCAGAGAUCGGCAUCUACGGCGGCAAGUGAUUCUCAGAUCACACUGGCACCCCCCAUGGGCCUCGUUGGUACCUCCUACGGUCGAUCUGUGGAUCAGAACAGCACCAACACGAUUGCACCCCAUCUUCAGAUUCCAGAGUCUGUCAACAAGAGCAAGGGAAGCCUGGCCGAAUUUGCGGCUGAAAUCACAUGUUUGUUCUGGUUCGAGACUGCGGAAGCACUCCAAUAUGCAGAGGAUCUUCCCCUUGACCAGCCCUACACGAGUGGGCUCCUGCGGGAUGCAAUUCCAUCCGUAGGAUUCCGAAAAUGGGUCACUACAAUCAUCAGUACAACUCAGGUGGGCAAAAACGUGAUCCUGCUGGCUCUCAUGUUCAUCUACCGACUCAAGCGAUUCAACCCAACUGUCAGUGGUAAAAGAGGGAGUGAAUUCCGACUUUUGACAGUAGCUCUGAUGCUGGGAAACAAGUUUCUCGAUGACAACACAUACACCAACAAAACCUGGGCUGAAGUGUCGGGGAUUCCAGUCAAUGAAAUCCACAUCAUGGAAGUCGAAUUUCUCAGCAACAUGAGAUAUGACUUGUACGCCUCGGCAGAAAAGUGGAGUCAGUGGAAGGCCAAGCUAGGAAGGUUUGGCGCGUUUUAUGACAAAGCGUCCCAAUUCCCAGUGGUAGACGAACACCGUCAGAUCCCUCCCCCAGUCACACCCAUCACUCGGAGCAUUUCACACAAGUUGCCAUCACCACCCUCAUCGCACUAUACCGCCAACCACUUUGCUGCCAAUGCACCCGCUACCAAUAACUACUUCCCUGCUCUUCCACAUCCUCUCUCCACUGUCCCCAACCUGCCUAGUUCUCCCCUGCGUCAGCAGCACAGUGCCAGCCCUCAUCAGCUUGACCGAAAACGAAGCAUGGAUUUCGCUGCAGAACAACCGCCUGCGAAGCGUCAUAACCACUCAGAAGCAUUUUCAGGGCAACCUGGGAUCGAUCUACCGCUCUCUAGGCCAUUUCCGUCCAAUAGCCUCCAAGUUUCCCCUCUGUCGCGGGGUACCUCAACCGAAUUCCCUUCCUAUCCUAGCAACGUGGAAAUUCCUCGAUUAGAUGCCUUGCGGGUCCCAUCAACUUCAUCUACUUUAGCACCCCUAUCCAUUCCCUCAAGCCGGUCCAUGUCCACUGUCUAUCCAGCAACGACAGCAUACUCCCAGACCAUGACUCCAAUUUCCGCAAUCCCACAGAAUCUUUACCAAAAUCCUAUCCCUCUUCUUGGCGAUGUGCCUCGACAUAUGCCUGGCUAUGCUUCGACGCACACAUCGCCUUCGAACGGCUACCAUACAACGACUCCCACACUUCCUGGGUUGUCACCUUCGUAUUUUUUGACGAAUCGGACUUCGCCCUAUCGUCCUGUGCGAUCUGUCAACACCCUCCUGAUUCCACCUCCCUCGGGAGCACUCCAAGCACCUGUUCGGCACGUCACCACCGACCAGAUUCACUAUCAGCCUUUGAGUAAGGUCAACACAGAGCGUCAUACUGGUUUGCUCCCAAUGAUGCAGUUUGACCCAUGGCCACAGAGCAACGUCUCGACGCCUCUGGCACACCACCGUUCAUAUCAAGCCUAAGACUGAAGUACAUCCGGACGGUCAGCCAAGUGUUUUCAUAUGGGCAGGCAUGCUCUACAUUUUCGAUGCAUAGCGCGGUGUUUUAUGUUUAGCUUGGGGGGAAUCCAGACAGAACAUUUUCUUUACAAAGCAUUCAACGGCGUCGGAAGCCCUGGAUGGUUGUCAUGGGACAAUCAGGGCCAGAUACAUGGAUCCAUAUUGUACAGAAUCAAGUCAGAAGCUGAGGCUAGAUUGCCCUGCUCCAAAGUCUGGCUCACGAGCUAGCUCUCAAUACAAGAAGUUUUUCUUCUUUGCAUACCAGAUCGUUCAUAC